AAGAUUCCUUUCCAUGCACUAACAACGUUUGUAACCAACAAGCCUACUUGCCGUGACAAAUUUGAUUUCUCAGGACAAAGCACCAAAAUGGUGUUUCAGUUCCCAGUUCCAUAUGACAGAAUUUCCAAUGAACAGGGCAAAUCACCUCCCUCAAUCCUUUGAUGUCCUUCUCUUCAGAGCCUCCAUACCCUAAUCCAUCCCCCUGCAAGAGCUGAAUCAUUUCAAGUUUUUGCACUUCAUGGCCAUGGCAUCGUUGAGACAUGUCCUCGGUUUACUGGGGUUCGUUCUCGCAUUCGCCCAUCGCCAUUUUCCGCUGGCGAUGCUCGGUCUUGUGGCUAUAUUCUUCCUCGUAAGUAAAAGGAAAGCCUCGGUCUAUUUACUGGACUUCAAUUGCUACAGGCCGCCCGAUUCUUUCCGGCUACCUAAGUGCAUGUUCCAGGAGCAUCUCUUUCUCGACGAGAAGGUCGAUCAGAAAAGCAAAGCUUUCCUAAGCAAGAUCUUCGAGAAGGCAGGGUUCAGCGAAGAGACCAGCAUUCCCCCAUCGAUUACCGAGUUACCCAUAAAGAGAUCGCUCUCUUCUGCCCUAGAGGAAGCCGAGACAGUCAUUUUCUCGGUCGUUCAUGGCUUGCUGAGCAAGAACAACGUUAGCCCUAGAAGCAUAGACAUAUUGAUUUGCAACAGUACCAUGUUUUGUCCCACGCCGUCUCUAACUGCUAUGGUGGUGAACGAGUUCGGAAUGAGGAGCAAUAUCCAAAGCUAUAACCUCUCCGGCAUGGGGUGCAGCGCCGGUGUCGUGUCGGUAGGCCUAGCACAAGACCUGUUGAGGGUUCACAAGAACUCCUUGGCUCUUAUCAUAAGCACUGAAAUUCUCAACAUGAACUGGUACAAGGGUAAGAACACAUCCAUGUUGAUAACCAAUUGUCUCUUCCGAAUGGGGAGCGCGGCCCUGCUCAUGUCAAGCCGAGAUCAAGACAAGAAGGCGGCCAAGUACGAGCUUCAACACCUCGUCCGGACGACCAGAGCUCACGACGAUCAAUCUUACGCAUGUGUGUACCAGGAUGUCGACUCCGAGGACGAAAUUGGGGUGUCGAUAUCCAAGAGCAUUGUGAAUGUCGCCGGGGACGCACUAAAGGCAAACGUGGCUUCCUUGGGCCCUCUGGUUUUGCCUUACACGGAGCAGUGCCGAUACGCAUGGUCCAUCAUCAAGCGAAAGCUCGGCACUGGGAGAAAAACGGAAAUUUACGUACCGAACUUCAGGAGAGCUUUUGAGCACUUCUGCAUACAUGCCGGAGGGAAAUCCGUCAUAGAUGCCAUCGGAAAGAACUUGAAGUUGGGUGAAGAAGCUCUGGAAGCAUCGAAGAUGACUCUAUACAAGUUUGGGAACACCUCAGCUUCUUCCAUCUGGUACGAGCUUGCUUACACAGAAGCAAAAGGGAGAGUGAAAGUGGGGGAUAGGAUAUGGCAGAUCGCCUUAGGGAGUGGGUUUAAGUGCAAUAGUGCUGUGUGGAGGUGCAUAAACCCUGAAGGAUCACAGGGAGCCAAAGUGUGGGAAGGCAAAAUGGAGGCAGACGGAGUUGACGCGCCGUAGAUCUGAUGAGAGAAGCCGGUUCGACCUCGACGAGUUUUCAGACAUAAGCUUGCAGUUCUAUUUCUGAAUAAGUUAUCUCCAGGAAGAUGCAAAUUUUAUCUUAAGAUCAACCAGAGUAAUGUGUAUCAUUGUAACCAUUCUUCAAUCUCAGCAGGGUAAAUUAUAAGCCCUCUGCUCUUAGCUCAGACGUAUUUUCCAUUCAGAUCUCCAGCAUACUCUAAGUGGCAUAUUUCAUCAUAA